AUGGAGGCCACCACGGGUUCGAGUCCCGGCCUCGACCCUGGCUGCGGGCUCUGCCUGGCCGAGCGGGCCCCGUACACCUGCCCGAGAUGCCACCUCCGCUUCUGCUCGGUGCCUUGCUACCGGGGCCACGGCUCCUGCGCUCAAGACUUCCAGAACCGGGAGCUGCAACUACGGCUGCAGAGCCAGCGGCGGGACCCGGCCUCCCGACGCCGCCUGGCAGAGGCCCUCCUCCGGCUGCGGGAACUACGCGAGCCCGGGGAUGCGGACCUCCCGCUAGGCCUGGACCCCGAGGAGGAACAAGGCGAGCUCGACGAGCUGUGGGGGCAGCUGAGCCCCGCCCAGCGGAAGGCCUUCCAGCGGCUGCUGCACAGCGGGGAGAUCUCGGCUCUGCUGCCCCCUUGGAGGCCUUGGUGGACUUGGGGCAGCCGUGGGGCAGCAGCGCUGAUCCAGGAGCUGGGGGAGCCCCCCAUGGACACCCCUCAGCCCCCUUUGCGGCAGCAGGAGCAACUCCCCCAGGGCACUGAGGCUUUGCAUCGCCCCACGCGAGAAUCCUCCACCAGCAGCAACCAAGCCCUUCAGCCUGCGGGUGUUUCGAACUCAGCACCGGUGGUACCCACCACCAUUCCACCCCUGGCCUCCCUCAUUCAUUCGCCCAUCUCGCCCCUGGUUCGCUUCCAGCUGCCCAGCAUGCUCUAUGCAUACGCCUACGCCAUGGCGCUUUACAAUGGGGAUGGGGACGAGCUGCUCCCUGAAUUUUGUGAAACGGUCCUGGAUGUCUCCGGGGCCCUGGGGGCCAGGCAGGUCUUCCAUUCCACAGCAGAGGCCCUGCAGGCGGCCCUGCAGGCGAUCACGGCAGGGCGGUAUCCUGAAUGCCCUCUGGGGAAUGCUGGGGUGAUGGUGGCCGUGGCCCAGAUCUUAAUGGGAGAAUGCCAAGAGAAACAGAAAGGGUACACUCUGGCUGCCCUUGCCCACCUAUCCAGGCUGCUGAGCAAAGGGAAGAGACGGCUGCCGGCCGAGGACCAGUCCAGGGUGUACGGUGCCAAGAAGAAGUGUGAAUUUCUGUUAUCCUGGGUGAAUGAAAACGAGGAGGCCUUGACCCUCCUGGCUUUGGAGGUGCAGCAGGAAUACAAGGUCCACCUGGACACACUCAAGGAGGUGGGGGCCGUCACCCAGGAACUGGAGAAGAUGUGGGCGGGCAAAGUGCCUCCCGCUAAAAAACCCUUGAUCCAAGAAUUGGACUAAAGGGUCAGACUGGGAUUUUGAGUGUUGGCCAGCUGGCCAUGGCUGGGGAAUGGAUUCACCCUGCUUGAGUUCAGAUUAGGUUUUGAACAGGAGGUUGAAUCUAUGCCCUGUAAUCUGGAACAGAUCAUGCUUGGAUUAGACAGAAACACAGAUGUCCAAACGGUGUCGAUUAGCUCCUUUUCUGUCUCUGUACAAAGAAUACCUUGAAAUGGAACAUAUCUGAGGUUUUGAGAGUUGCAUUGUUUUCUUUAAUAAAAGGUGGAUUUCUUUCCCAGGC